AGCUGGCAGCGAUCGAUAGCAUAGUACCACCAAAGAAUCCAGUGUUUUAUUUUAAGGAGCCAAGGAAGAAUGUUUGACUCCCGAGAGACGAUCGUUUCGUGUCCUGGAAAGGUGCUGAUCGCUGGUGGAUACCUGGUUCUCGAUAGGGAGUACCCUGGAAUCGUCGUUGGGACUUCCUCACGCUUUUAUACGGUCAUCAGGCCAGCUCAGACACCACCGUUGGGUCGAUCUCCAGAGCAGCAGGGGUCUUUGAAGUAUCAGCAGAUUAGACUGUCGAUUCGAUCGCCUCAAUUCAUUGAUGCGGAAUGGUCCUACCUUAUCAGUCUUUCUCCUCAAGCCGACUUGCUCAUCAAGCCGGAAGCAUCAUCAUCGCAAAACAAAUUUGUCGAAUUGGCUGUUCGGGAGUCACUGAAAUUAUCCUUGGCGCUGCAAAGCCCUGACCAAUUCAUUCUCCAACCACCAUCUGAGAAACCUCAUCAAAAUGGGCACUCGACCAACCAACCAUACCCUAUGACCAUCACUAUCCUUGGCGACAACGAUUUUUAUUCCCAACCACGACAGGAUCAUGCUCCUGUUCCAGCGUUCAACCGAUUAAAUACGACCUUGAAAGAUGUUCACAAGACCGGUCUCGGGUCAUCCGCCGCUAUGGUCACCUCACUCUGCUCAGCGAUCUUGAUCCAUUUCGCCCCCUCGAUCAAGCCUCUAUCCCGCUCGACAAAACUAUUACUCCACAACUUAUCCCAAUAUGUCCAUUCUCUUGCUCAAGGAAAGGUCGGAUCAGGGUUCGAUGUUAGCGCCGCUAUUUAUGGCACUCAUGUCUAUAGGAGGUUCUCUCCGGCUUGUUUGGAUGGAUUGCUGGGCUCGUCUGGGGAUCAAGCACAUCUAACACCAAAUCAAAUUUGGAAAACUCUCGAUCCAAAAAUCAAUGGAAGUUGGGUUGAUGCAUCCACCGCACCCGUAAUCGAACGAUUCUCCAUUCCCAAAUUCACAACCCUGUUACUCGCCGAUGUGGAUGCGGGCAGUCAUACUCCUAGUAUGGUAGGCCAAGUUUUCAAGUGGAAAAACAGUGAAAGUGAAAGUGCCAAUCAAAUAUGGAAGGAACUAUCAAUUCAAAACAAUCAAUUGAAAGUAGCAUUCGAAAGAUUAGACAGACUCUCAAGCUUGAAUGAACAGAAUUAUUUGUCCGAGGUUCUCAAGUUGUCGAGCGAUUCGAACUUCCAUCUCCAGAAUGAUCCUAGCCCGGUAGCGGAAACGGAUGAUGCUCGAACAUUAUUCAUUAAAGUUUCUUCUAUAAUCAAGUCGAUUCGUCAAUUAAUGAAAAAGAUGGGAACACAAUCUAAUGUCCCUAUUGAACCGGACAGUCAAACUCUGCUCCUCGACGAAUGUGAAAAACGUCAUGGAGUGAUCGGUAGCGGAGUACCUGGCGCCGGAGGGUACGAUGCGAUUUGGGUCUUAAUUUUAACUCCACCAUCACUCCCAGAAUGCUCAACCGCAGAAAACGUAGACAGACCAUCCGGAAACAUCCAACACGUGAUAGAUUUUCUGAACCAUUGGUCGCAUAGCUCAGUGAGAGUCUUGUCGUCGGAUUCAUGGGUAGUCGGUGGUUCGACAAACGCACUGCGCCAAUCGUCUGAUGAUGGUCACGAGGAUGAUGGAAUCAAGAUCUUUGAUGAUUUGCAACUCGUCGAUUGCUUGAAAUCCCAGCUUGAUUUAUUUUCUUGAUUUUAAUUUCAGUUCAUUGUAUACCUCCCAUCAGGCCAUCUUUUGUUACAUUGUAGCAUCAUACCUCUGCUGCAAGCAUUCAUACCAUUAGUCCAAACCAUCUAUUGAGCUUUCCCCCUAUGAUUUGGUGACAAGUGCAGUUUCACAAGCAACAUCAC